CGUUAAUAAUGCUACAACGGUCCAAACGGUAAAAAAAGAUAUUAUUCUGGAGUUUUGAUAAGGAUGUGCAUAACUCAAUUUUGCGAUACAACGGAAUUGAGACAGAUCGUAUAGCUGGUGAAAUUUGAGGAUCAGAAAAAUCUCACCAGACUGUAUACUACAUCAAGAAGUUUGAUUUUUAUUGAAAAUGAGAAGUUUAUUCUUAGAGUUGGUCGUUGUCACUUUAUUUUGUCUGGCUUCAACGAAAGCCCGUAUUUUGCCUAAAGGGAAGCCACAGAGUAGGUUUUACAUCGAGAGAAUUGGACUCGAACCUAAAGAGUCGAACGAACGUCAUUCCCAGCGAGAAACGCUUUACAGAGGAGCUGCAAAGUCUCCAAAGAAAAAAACUAACGAGAAAAAAAAUCAUAACGAUGGCAUGAAACUCGAAAAACCUGGCUUGAAGAUUGCACGCGUGAAUAAUGAUGAUGAUAGCAAAUCUAAAGCAUGCGAUGCCAAAGUCGAUCUUGGUUUUUUGAUUGACGGCUCAGCAAGCCUCGAAAUGUACGGCAAGGGAACUUUUCAAAAAUGUCUCGACUUCAUAAAGACCGUAUUGAAGACAUUUGACGUAGGGGAAGAUGGGACCCGUGUAGGAGCAAUCACGUUCUCAGAUAACAGUACCGUAGACUUUGACUUUGGACAAUACAAUGACAAAGAUGAACUAAACGACGCCAUUGACAAGAUAACUCACGCAGGACUCACGACAUUCACUGGCAAAGCUCUAAAGCUAGCGAUGGAUAAGCUCUUUAUCUCGGCACGUAAAGGUGUGCCUAAGAUUCUAGUUGUCAUGACGGACGGGAGGUCACAUGACGAUAUCGUUAAACCAUCCCAGGUGCUGAAGAAGGAUGGCGUGCAAAUAGUAACGGUUGGUUUGGGGAAGAAUUAUGAUUUGAAUCAGUUGAAGGCGAUCUCUAGUAAACCUGAAUCGAAACAUUUGAUUACUGUGGAUUUUUCUGAACUAUUGGCUGCUUCUGACACGUUACGAGACAUUAUUUGUAAAGCUGCAGAUAGUCCUCCCAAAAGCAUAGUGAAAAGCAGCUCAUUAAACGAGCAAAAUUCCAUUAAAAGUCAAGUGAAAUAUCCAGAAGGAGAAAGAGGAACUGGAAAAGACAUUCCAAACAGUAUCGUUGAUUAUCUAAAAAGCCAUUUGACUGCCAAUGGUGAAGCACAGCGGCGUGGAGUGGGAGCCCAAUUCACUUCCAGGACCGUUAGCUCUGGUGGUAGCUAUAGUGUCAGUAGCUCAAGUAAAACCAGCUCGAGUCAGAGUAGUGGUGGUUCUAGCGGAGGUAGUGUCAGCGGUGGUGGUGGUGGAGGCGCUUCAGCGGCUGGUGGCGGUGGUUCUGCGGGUGGUGGUUCUGCGGGUGGUGGAGCUGCUGGUAGUGGAGCUGCCGGCGGUGGUUCUGAUAGUGGCGGCUCAGCCAGUGCAAGCAGUUCAGGAGGAGGAAAGUGCGAAUUAGCCUUUAUGCUUGACAUCUCUGAGAGCAUACAGUCUGAGGCCAACCUUCAACUAUGUAUCACCUUCAUCAAGGCAGUGUUCAUGUCCUUCUCAGCCGGACUUGGAUCGGUAGUUCGUUUUGGUUUCGUGACGUUCAGUGCUUCAGCUACUGUUGUCUUUGACUUUGCUAAAUACACCUCAGCAUCUCAGAUCGAGGGAGCAUUCGGAAGCAUUAAACUUGCUGGUGGUAGUUGCGCAGCAGGAGCAGCACUCACAACCUGCAAGUCAUCUCUCUUCGCCAGCGCACGAAGCGGUGCUGCCAUGGUCCUCGUCGUUAUGAUCGCUGGAAAAUCUACAGAUGAUGUUAGUGCUGGUGCUGGUGCCUUGAAGGGAAUGAAAGUAAAAACUAUAGCCGUGGGGAUGGGAGCAAAGUUUGAGCAAGCUCAGUUAACAGCAAUGGCUUGGGAAGCAUCAUAUGUGAUAACUGCGUCGUCGUUUAGUCAGCUAACAAGUAUUCAAGGCCAAGUUACAUCGCUUGUUAGCUCAGCCGGAGGAAUAAGCGCCAGUGGAGGAGCCGGAGGGAGUGCAGGAGGUGGCGCAGGUGGAGGCGCAGGUGGAGGCGCAGGUGGAGGCGCAGGUGGAGGCGCAGGUGGAGGCGCAGGUGGAGGCGCAGGUGGAGGCGCAGGAGGUGGCGCAGGUGGAGGCGCAGGAGGUGGCGCAGGUGGAGGUGGAUCAGUAUCAGGAUCUUGUGAUCUUGCUUUUAUGCUCGACACAUCAACAAGUAUCGGUGGUGAAGCCMACUUCCAAUUGACAUUGACAUUCAUUAUUGCGGUAUUUGAGGCAAUAGGAGUGUCUGCACAAAUCCGUUUUGCUUUUAUACGAUUUGGAAGUUCAGCUGAGAUAAUGUUCAGCUUUUCAAAAUAUAGUUCAAUAGCAGAGAUAAGAACCAGUGUCAUGGGAACCAAGAUGGUUGGUGGAGAAUGUAAGGCGGGAGUCGCUUUGUCGGCUGCCCGAGAAAUGUACAGUGGUGCCCGGAAAGAAGUUUCCAGAAUCCUGAUCGUUAUGUUGGCGGGAAGUUCUGCUGACUCGAUUGAUGCUGGAGCAAGUGGGUUAAAAGAGUCAGGAGUCAAGAUCAUCGGUAUUGGAAUGGGUGGAAGUUACAGUAAAGAGCAGCUUGGUAUCAUGAUUUCUUCGUCGUCUUAUAUGCUUGUUGCUGCCUCGUAUUCGUCGUUGUCUGGACUAUCUGGUCAAUGUGUGCAGCUGGUAAUACAAGCUAGCGGUGGUGGACUGACGGGUGGUGCUGGAGGAGCCGGUGGAGGAGCCGGUGGAGGAGUCGGUGGAGGAGCCGGUGGAGGAGCCGGUGGAGGAGCCGGUGGAGGAGCCGGUGGAGGAGCCGGUGGAGGAGCCGGUGGAGGAGCCGGUGGAGAAACUGGUGGAGGAUCUGGUGGAGGAGCUGGUGGAGGAGCUGGAGGUUCAGGCUGUGAUGUAGCAAUUCUUUUGGAUUCCUCUACAAGUAUCGAGGGAGAUGCGAAUUUCCAGUUGGCUCUGGCUUUUGUCGUCGCAGUCUUUGAAGCGAUCGGUGUCUCCGCUCAGAUGAGAGUCGCGUUCAUAAUAUUUGGAAGCUCGACUCAAGUCGUGUUCAACUUUGAGAAAUACACAGCAUUUGCGGAUGUAAGAACGGCGGUCAUGGGUGCGAAGAUGGUUGGAGGGACCUGCACGGCCGGCGCAGCAUUGACGACGUGUAAAACCGACGUCUUCGCAAACGCUAGGUCAUCACGUAUAUUGGUAGUAAUGUUUGCUGGGAGAUCUACUGAUUCUGUCAUGGCGCCAUCGAGUGCAAUUAAAGAAAUUGGUGUCAAAAUUAUUGGUGUUGCCAUGGGAGGUGGCUACGACCAGGAACAGAUAGAUAUCAUGGCGUCUGCACAGGAGUAUAUUCUGAAGGCUGCAUCCUACUCUGCGUUAUCAGGGCUUUCAGGUCAAUGUGUGGAAUUAAUCAGAAAAGUGGGAGGAUGCGGAGCAGGUGGUGGAGGAGGAGGCGCCGGUAUUGGAGGAGGAGGCGGCGCCGGUAUCGGAGGAGGAGGAGGUGGCUCUAUCGGUGGUGGUGGAGGAUCCAGUAUCGGUGGUGGAGGAGAAACAAAAACUGCCACGGAAGAAAUAGCCCAAAAUAUUGCAAAAGAACCAGGGCAGAAAGAAAUGAUUAAUGAACUGAAAGAAAAGGGGCUUUUAAACAAACAAGGGGAAGAAGUGGUCAACAAAGAAAAAGAAAUAGAGGGUAAAGCUACCGAUGAGAAUAAACAAGAGGUUUUGAAGAAUCUUGAGAAGCAAAACAUGCUCAACAACGAAGGCAAGGAAUUACUUAAACAAGAAAACCAGAAAGUCCUUUUAGAAGAGUUGGGRAAAAAUGGCCUUUUGAAUAAAGAAGCUGAAGAGACUAUCAUGAAGGAAGGAGAGAACGGUUUUAUGAAGAAAUUGGGACACACAACGACAGAAGUAGGUGAAGGAACAUUACCAGGAAUGACCGUUGAUAGCAGUGGAAAAGUCGUCAGUUCAGGAGGUACUAUUCCUGGUCAACCUGGAGUAACCACUACUUUAUCAGGAACGGCAGUUGACAGCAGUGGAAAAGUCGUCAGUUCAGGAGGUACUAUUCCUGGUCAACCUGGAGUAACCACUGGAGGUACUUUACCAGGAACGGCCGUUGACAGCAGUGGAAAAGUCGUCAGUUCAGGAGGUACUAUUCCUGGUCAAUCUGGAGUGACCACCGGAGGUACUUUACCAGGAAUGGCUGUUGACAGCAGUGGAAAAGUCGUCAGUUCAGGUGUUACUAUUCCUGGCCAACCUGGAGUGACCACUGUAGGUACUUUACCAGGAACGAGCGUUGAUACCACUGGUAUUUCACAACCUGGUGCGAGUGUUGUGCAAGAACUCCAGAAGACCCCGAGUGGACAAGCCAUCAUGACUAGUCUCCAGAACCAAGGACUUUUAAGCCCAGAUGGUCAAAACGUACUAUCUAGAGUCCAGACGAAUGAGUUUGGUGUAUCACCUGGAGGCCAAGCGAGCAUGACAUCUAUCAAAGGUAGCCCAGAGGGACAACAACUGCUGUCUAGCCUUCAAAGCCAAGGACUACUUAGUCCCCAAGGUCAAAUGAAUCUAGCUGUCUCUCAAGGCCAAGGUCAAAUGGUGCCAAGUCAAGGUCAAGUGGUUCAAAGUAGCAUUGGAUAUGGAACGGGUAUUCGAAUUUCCGGAGGAGGCGGUAUYGGAAUCGGUGGUGGAGGUGGAGGAGGCGCGAAUAUUGGGAUAUCAGGAGGCACCAGUGGAAUGCAUGUUUGUAUGGACCUCGCUUUCCUCAUCGACGGCUCAAUGGCAGUUGGUGGUGAAGGAAACUUCAAGCAGAUACUCAAUUUCGUCUGGAAUGUCGUGCAGUCCUUCUCAGUCGGCGCACAUCUAACCCGUGUGGGAGUCGUCCUCUUCUCCUUGGAAUCUUUUGCCAUCUUCAACUUCCACACUUACUACGACAAGUCGAAUAUCCUACAGGCGCUUAACACUGUCCAGUACCCAGGUACUGACGGGCCUGGUACCUACAUAGGGCGUGGCCUCCACGUGACAAGGCACUAUUUAUUCGAAGAAACUGGCAGACCACGUGUUCCUCAUGCGUUAAUCGUAGUAGCGGCAGGACGCUCUCUUGAUGACGUCAUAUCCCCAGCAAUGGAGCUGCGGUCAUUGGGGAUUGAUAUAUACUGUGUUGGUGUUGGGAGUUCGUAUAGUAAGCUACAGCUACAUGCUAUGGCUAGUUUUCCUCAUUCAGAACACAUAUUUGGCGCCUCCACGACUCAGCUUGGUUAUAUUGCACAGAACGUGGUUACUAAAAUUCUUAAAGGUAUAUCUGUUCAUUUCUGCCAUCCAUGUUUCGAAGGUCAAACAGACAUGUGUGACUAUUGUCCAGAUGAGUUUCACUCAGACAUCUUCCGACGUGAACACUAUCAUGGGAGCAAGCUCCCCAUGGCCAAACCGGCAAAACUGGAGGCAGACAACCCUGACUUCAUCAAAAAACCAUUACUAUCAACUAACUUGAACACGGAAGCCGAUCCUGAAGAGAGCAAAGACCCAUUUAAYGAUGAUCCAAGCCACUCAAAUGAUUCUUUGAACUUGUCUGAGAGUAGCGAGACUGAUGAUUCUGAUGACACCAAAGCACAGGGGUCACACUCGUCUUCUACGAUAGAGGGAAAUCAUCUCCAAGUACAUCACGAGCUACCGAGGUUCCAUAGCGACGAGCUUAAGGGUGCAGAUGAUGGUAUCAAUUGGAAGACAAAUUAUAAUGACAUGGAUAUGGCUCAGGAUGAUUCCAGUAAUCGAUUUUUUAACGACAACUUGAAAGAAGAGGAAAAGAACUAUUCGGAAUAUAAAUACGAUGCAAGUCACGUGUCCGUGGAUACGGAGGAAUGCAAAGAUUACGCUGAUGAAUGUGAGCAGUAUGCCUUACAGGGGUACUGUAGUGAAUAUGCUCCCACAACCGGCAUCGGUACCAUCAAUAUGAUGUGCAAGAGAUCCUGCGGUACUUGUCAUUCCACGUCCAGCGAUGACGACGGACAAUAUACAUACAAAGUGACGCAAUCUCUCGACACGAACUACUUCAAAAAGGGACAAGUAGAAAAAGACAGAAAGACCAAACAAAAUAAUACAAAAAACUUACGAAAAAGAAUGGGAAAAUUAUAGACAACCAAAAAAAAAUCUCAAAUGUCACRUGACUUUUACCGCCAAUUUGAAUAUCACAUCAGAUACAGACAAUGAAUUUAGUUUUUCGUAAUAACGUAUGCUCUUUUAUACUUGAUUCGCAAAUGACCCUUCUCAAAAUUAUCUUGAGGGUCAGGCUAACAUGAAAACACAAAAGAAAUCACACUYUUCUCGAUGGAAUUYGUGGGAUUUUUUUCGUAUUUUCAUGUUCCUUGCAUUCAAGACGAUUUUAAGAAGGCCCCAUUGU